AUGGAGGAGAUUGGCAUUUCUGCGCUGAAGCGCACCGAGCCCACGCUCGAGGACGCCGCCGCUGAAAAAGCUGCCAUUCAUCAGGAGAUGGCGGCGGAGGAAGACACAUAUCUGCGAUUCAAGAAGCUGCAACAGCACCUCGAGUUUCUCAACACCAUGGAAGAGUACGUCAAGGAUGAACAGCGCAACUUGAAACGCGAGCUCGUAAGAGCACAGGAGGAGGUCAAGCGGAUCCAGUCCGUACCUCUCGUCAUUGGCCAGUUCCUCGAGCCCAUCGACCAACACACCGGCAUCGUCGGCUCCACAACUGGGUCCAACUACGUCGUGCGCAUCCUCUCCACAAUCGAUCGCGAGCUGCUCAAGGCGAGCUCAAGUGUCGCGUUGCACCGCCACUCCAACGCUCUUGUCGACGUUUUGCCACCAGAGGCCGACUCUUCGAUCGCGAUGCUGGGACAGGACGAGAAGCCGACAGAGACCUACCAAGAUAUCGGUGGUAUGGACAUUCAGAAGCAGGAGAUCCGAGAAGCUGUCGAGUUGCCGCUGGUGCAGUUCGACUUGUACCGCCAGAUUGGUAUCGACCCACCGCGCGGUGUAUUGCUCUACGGUCCACCAGGGACGGGUAAGACGAUGUUGGUCAAAGCCGUCGCCAACGCCACCACCGCCAGCUUCAUCCGCGUUGUCGGCUCCGAGUUCGUGCAGAAGUACCUCGGUGAAGGACCAAGAAUGGUCCGCGAUGUUUUCCGACUGGCACGCGAGAACGCCCCCGCCAUCAUCUUCAUCGACGAGAUCGACGCCAUUGCCACGAAGCGUUUCGACGCGCAGACGGGUGCGGAUCGCGAGGUGCAACGUAUCCUGCUCGAGCUGCUCAACCAGAUGGACGGUUUCGACCAGGGUAGCAAUGUCAAGGUCAUCAUGGCCACCAACCGAGCCGAUACGCUCGACCCCGCGCUGCUCCGCCCAGGUCGUCUCGACCGAAAGAUCGAGUUCCCCACGCCAUCACGUCGAGAGAAGCGCCUCAUCUUCCAGACCAUCUGCGGCAAGAUGAACCUCAGCCCAGAGGUCGAUUUGGAAGACUACGUCGGACGACCCGACAAGCUGUCCAGCGCCGAGAUUGCAAGCAUCUGCCAGGCGGCAGGUUUGCAGGCGGUGCGAAAGAACAGAUACGUCAUCAUGCCAGAGGACUUUGAGGAGGCGUGGAAGCAGAUUGUCAAGAAGCCGGACGAUUCUAAGAUGGAGUUCUACCAGUAG